AGUUUAAUCGCAAAUUCCGUAAUAUACGGUCUGAUAAAUUGUUUAUUCUAUGAAUUCUAUCACCUCUCCUUUGUAUUUUGUUACGAUACGGAUUAUAGUUAUUAAAACAACGCCACGUAAGAGCUGAUGAAAGAUAUUAAAUGAGACAUUGCAAUUUGCACAUAGUUUACACACGUAGUUAUUAUAGUUCACAUAAACAAAUAGAAAUAUACUCAGUUUACUUUUAACGUUAAUCAUUAAAUAUGUGCGGUUCUGAUAAGAAAUUGGGUGAUAUACGAGCUCUCAUACUCGUUGGCGGUUAUGGGACCCGCCUUAGACCCUUGACGUUGAGUAGGCCUAAGCCACUUGUGGAAUUUGCGAAUAAACCUAUUCUAAUGCAUCAGAUUGAGGCAUUAGUGGACGCUGGAGUAACGCAGGUUAUUCUAGCUGUCUCGUACAGAGCCGAGGAUAUGGAAAAGGAGUUAACAGAGCAGGUGUCCAAACUUGGUGUGACGCUUACAUUUUCACAUGAAACUGAACCUCUUGGAACAGCAGGGCCCUUGGCACUGGCGCGUGAUUUACUCAGUGCGAGCCCUGAACCGUUCUUUGUACUAAAUUCUGAUGUUAUUUGCGAAUUUCCAUUCAAAGAUCUAGCCAAAUUUCAUAGAAGCCAUGGAAAGGAAGGGACCAUAGUAGUGACAAAAGUAGAAGAGCCAUCAAAGUAUGGUGUUGUGGUAUACAAGGAAAAUGGUGAAAUUAAACAGUUUAUUGAGAAACCUCAGGAGUUCAUCUCUAACAAAAUUAAUGCAGGAAUGUACAUUCUGAAUCCAUCCGUCCUGGAUAGAAUAGAGUUGCAGCCAACCUCUAUAGAAAAGGAAGUGUUCCCAUUCAUGGCCAAGGAUGGGGAGCUGUAUGCUAUGGAGUUGCAAGGGUUCUGGAUGGAUGUUGGACAACCAAAAGAUUUCUUAACAGGCAUGUGUCUGUAUCUGAACAGUCUACGGCAGAAGGAUUCAGAUAUGUUACACGAAGGCGGUGGUGUGGUGGGAAAUGUGAUAAUUGAUCCGACUGCAACCAUUGGCAAAGGUUGCCGGAUAGGUCCCAAUGUCACUAUAGGACCCAACGUUGUUGUUGAAGAUGGAGCUUGCAUAAAACGCAGUACAGUCCUCAGAGGAGCUUGCGUCCGUCAGCACGCGUGGCUUGACAGCUGUAUAGUCGGUUGGCGGUCCGUUGUAGGCCGGUGGGUCAGAAUGGAGAACUGUACAGUACUAGGCGAAGACGUCAUAGUGAAAGACGAACUCUAUAUCAACGGGGGGCAAGUCCUUCCGCAUAAAUCCAUCGCUUCAUCAGUGCCCGAACCACAGAUUAUAAUGUAGAUAAUGUAAAGGACAAAUCACAAAAACAGGUGACAAAACAAUUGUAAAUUGACAGGUGGCUGUUCGGUGAUUUACCUUUGCCUUUUCCCUAUGGGAAAGAGUAAAGAAAAACAAAUUAAAGUGACAGAUAAACGUUUUUACGGAUUACUGGUGUGACCUACAUUUUUGUACCUGCAUGGACAAAAUGGUCCUAAAAAAGGGGAACAAAAUAGAUUCAAAUUUUUUUAUAUUCAUUGAUUUUGAUUUUAUUAACGAGUUUAAGCGGAAAGCAGUGGAUUGUAAAGAUGAGGUAUAAGUCAGUGGCCAUCUUAUACAUAAGCACCACCACCUUUUUUGUACUGGCUCAUACCUACUUUAUUUUUGUUUAACUCGGCUAUGAAACUACUUGAUCGGAACAAGUGUGAAUUAAUGAAAACUUUUUUAUUUUACACCUCACAAUAGUAUCGAAAACAGAUAUACAAAAAAAAACGCAGUAAAUACAAUUUUGUAGUCUAAUAGCUACAGACAAGUAAUGGAGCAAAAAUAUACAGCUAGAGAUCGCUUACGCAUUUAUAAAUUUAAUUAAAGAAAAUCUAUUUAAAAUAAACAGAUGAUGUUGCCAAUUCGGUUGUAAAUAGAACUGUAAAGUAAACUAAACCUACAAGUCUAAAUUAGAGCUAUCCUUUUCCACUGCAAACAUUGUGAAAAAAAUAUCACUACUUUAAACCUGUUAAUUAAUUUAUUUUGGAGAUUUAUUUACUACAUAAUUAGUACUAAUAAUGCAUUUGACGACGAAAAUGUGAUAAAAAAGCAUUUUUAAUAAGUGCCUGAAAGUCAGUUUAUAUCUUUCAGAACUUAGGAAGAACGACAUAUAUGUAAAAGAAACUUCAAAAUUAGUUUUUAUAUAGUUUUGAGUUACUGACUCAAGUUGAUAGUAAAUUGACGACGGACGCUCGCGCCAAAAACUACUUAAAAAAAAAAA